AUGAGAAGGAAAAGGCGAACCUCUACAACUUCUACACCCACAAGACUUCUUCUUCACCUUCACUGCAGAACAGAAGCUCACCUCUACAUCUACCUCUUGACUGGCGAGAUCUACCGCGUGGAUGAAGACACAGAUGUCCUCAGCGAAGAUCGAGUCUUGGAGAACUGGCCAGACUUCGAGGAGAGCGACAAGGCUGAGCUCAAGCAGUUUGUGGAUGAGAAGGUUUUCCAAAAGGUGAAGCUAGAUGAGCUUCCUGAAGAUGUGGUUCUGGUUGACGCCACAUGGGUGCGCAAAUACAAGCGCCUGUUUUCUUCCAGCCUGAAGGCUAAAAGCCGUUUGUGUGCCAGUGGAUUUCUUGAUCCACAGAAGCAGGAGCUUCCUACAAGAAGUACAACAGCUACAGGAUUGAGUCAAAGACUGGUACUCUCCUUGGCAGCGACCCACAACUUUGGCAUCAGGUCCUGGGAUGUCAGUGGUGCCUUUCUCAAGGGCUUUAGCUUUGCCAAGGUGAAGGCAGUUUUGCAGAGCAAAGGAAUCUCAUCUCCAAAGCGGAGAGUUGUGAUCAUUCCGCCGGCCAACGUGUGGCGACACCUUGCGUCUAUGGAUGCCAGCUUUGGCCUUGGAGAAGGCCAACAAGGACUUUGGGGUUUGGAAUGCAACAAACCAGCCUACGGGCUGAACGAUGCCCCUCUGGCAUGGCAACUAUGCCUCCAUGAAAGCCUUGAGAUUUCUGGAGGUACACAAAGCCUCUUGGAUGAGAAUCUAUGGUUUUGGAAAGCUGGAGGCCGACUUCAAGCUGUCAUGACGACGCACGUCAACGACAUUGCUGUCCGUCGCAACUCCAAGUUCCUGGAAAAGGAGUACGCUUUUCUCAGCGGCCGAUUUGGGAAGAUCUCUGUGCAACAACCACCAUUCAAUCACUGCGGCAGCCGGUACAACAAGAUCGGGUCAAGUUUCCCCAUUGACCAACAGGAGUUCAUCGACAACAUGAAGGUCAUGGACUUCAAGGACCUUGGCGAUGAUCAGAACAGACCCUUGACACCGGCCAAGACCUCCACACUUCGCAGCAUCCUUGGUGGACUUCUUUGGAUUACUGCGACGAGACUGGACUUGGUGGCUGACGCGACAGUGCAGGACUUGCACUUGGCUAAUGUGAAGAAAGCGAAGAUGGCGCAAUACCGUGGUGUUGGCAUUGUCUACAAGCACUUUCCAACGACCUCUUCAUGGCGAUUGGUGGCAGUGCACGACGCUGGUUCAGCGUCCAAGGGCAAGGCCUACUCUCAAGAGAGCAUCAUGAUCCUCCUGAUGCAGGCGAAACGAAUCAGCUACUCCACAUGUCACUCUGAGACACUUGCUGCAAUUUCUGGAUUGGAGACAGCUUCGCUGGUUGCUCUACGUCUGGCUGAACUUUUGGUUCCGACCGAGAAGCCUACAUUGCAGCAGCUUGCUGCACUUCAAGAAACUGGAGUUCCUUUUCUUCCAGUCGAUGCGAUGACUGAUUGCAAGGACUUCUACUCCCUCACAACUGGUGGCAGUGCUCUACCUCAAGAUCGUUCUGAACGAGUCUACAUCUUGGCUCACCGUGAAGCCAGACUUUGUGGACGUCUACGCUGGGUGAUACUUGUACCAACUCAGUCGAUGGUGGCAGAUGCGCUGACAAAGCCCAUGCUGAGCAAGCAGCUUUUGCAUCUACUUUCGACUGGCUGCGUGGAGUUCCGCAACAAGAAUGGACAUCCUUUGGAGCCAGGAGAUUGCCUCCUACAACUGACUUCAACGAAGAUGACUUGGAGACUGGCGACAAGUUCAAGCUUCUGGUUGGUACUUUGCACUUUGCAGAUGAGCCGUGGACAAGCAGAAGGAGAAACCUGUGAUGGAGGAAGCUCUGAAAAGGAGCAGAAAUUCGAGUUUCAGAAGGCGGUGAUCUCCACCAUAUCCGCCGUGUGCAUGGUUUUGUGCCUGGCAGUUUGGUAUCUCUGGAAGUGCCCGCGACGGAUGCAGACCGCAAUGGAGACCUACAGAAGCCAGAUGAUUCAGCCGCUGCUUACAGCGAACUUGGUGGAGCGCAUGCCGCAAGCCGAGAACAACAUCGGCGAGGUGCAGAUCCAAUUCUCCGAGACCGUUGGUGACAUUGACACCAUCUACAGGACUUUGAGACGCCGAGCUGGACCACAUCCUGAUGAACGCUCAAGUUCCAGACCAAGGAUCACUGACCCUCGACCAGCACAGCCCGAACCAGAUGCCGAGGCUGAGGAGACCGAGUCAGUCAAUCAACCGGAAGUGGAACGAGCAUUCGAUGAGACAGCAUCGAGAUCUCGAGACGACAGUCCUCACGGUCCGAACUGGAGUGGUGAAGGAGAACAAGAAGAGGAGGAGAAUGAUGGUCAGCUGAUAGAUGGCACUGACUUGCAUCAAGACUUGGACAGAGAACAACGACGUGAAGCUCGCCUGCGAAACCGACUUCACAUCAUGUCGAUCGAAGCGAACAACUUCGAGGUGCAUCUGCAAUCACUGAUGCUGCGACGACGCAGAGCCGCAACUUUGCCAGAGGUGAUUGACCUCUAUGAGAGACAUGCUCCAUCGCUGGACGCGCCUGGUGCCUACGAAGCCGAAGAGUUGCUGGGAACUACGACGGUGCCUGAUGGUGUGCAUCGCUUCUUUCUUCAAGAACGACACCAUGGACAUGGCAACACGGGGCUGACGUCACAUUCGUGCGGAGUUUUCGAAGGAAGUCACGAGCAAGGAUUGGAGCUGCUUGCUCAGGCGCAGCUUCAGAUCUCGCCUGUGUGGUGGUCAGCGGAAUCCCUGGAUCCGGAAAGAGCACGUGCGCCGCCGAAACGGAUGACCGUGGUGGACCGUGACCGGGGCCCACCGUGCCGACAUCCUGAACGCAGCAGAAGAAGUCAGAUGGAUGGACAGAAGCUUGUGAUGGAAACUGUGCAUGUGCGCGUGCAAACUGUCGGUGCCCGGCCCUGGCACUCCGAGAAGGGCGGAUUGAUGCUGCUGUGCGAGUUGACCAGCAACGAUUUGGAGUAUUGCAUGUCUGAACCACCGCGAUUUCUGGUGGAUGCCACAGGUAGCCGAUGCGACGAUUUGCCGGGCGCCGACGAAGCGCCGGCCAUCCUGGCAGCUGUCUACGGCUUAAACCCGUCCAUCCGCGAAUGCGGAUCAGAGCCUUUGACCCUGCGCAGAAACGUUAUGGACUCUCCAGGAGCAAGAUCGGAAGGAGCUAUCUGCGGUAGCCAACCUGCCAAGUCCCGAAACUUCGGGUGCCUGGCAGAUGACCUAUCACGAUCCAUCAUUCAAUACGGUCUUCACGAGGCUGCCUACAUGUCUGUCUACAGUGAGGACAGAGCACGCUUGUGUUCUCCAAUGUUAAGCAGUGCAGGCACCUGGGCAUCGGCAUCCGAGGAUUUGGUUUCACCUCCGAGAAUCCAGCCGGGAUGCCAGCUGGCGUCUUUCGAGAAUACGCCACUGGGUUCUGCUGGCAAGGAUGAGUCCAACGCGUCUUCACUGAAACCCAUGAACCAGAACACGCCUGUAUUGCUGCCCUUUGAGACCUGGUGCGAGAGAGUUUUACGACAGCUCUUUGAAGAGGCUCAUAGCUCGUCAAACGCAAUUAGGAGGGAUUUGGUAACCCUGAGCCCCACAGAGAUCGCCCGCAUCUUCGGCGUUGAGAAGUGGAGCCCGGAGACCCUGGAGACCACGGAGACCGUGGAGACCACGGAGACCGUGGAGACUGUGGCUGGACCUGCGGAAAGCGAGGAAAGCCAGAAAAGCCAGGCGCAGAAUAUCGCGGAGGCAGCUGUGGAGGUAUCCCCUUCGAAAGGCUACGUUGCACCUCUGGUGCCACGGCUCAAUCUGCAAAACAUCAAGAGGGAAAUUGAAGACGAGUACGAUGAUGAGUAUGACGAGGAGGAUUUUGUCAACAAGGUUGGCUCCGAAGCGAUCGGAGUCGCCAGCUCCAUACCCAAGAUCGAAGUCAAGGCAAACAUUCCCCCAUUGGCUCUGGCUUCUGUCGGAGGAGAGCACAUCGACACUCACAACAUUCCACUGGAGCCGGAGCCGAUCUCGCUGUCCAGCCACGGCUGCCACGGCUCCAGGCAGAAGCGCGGCCUUCUACCCUUGGCUGAAGUCUUCAAGCGCAAGUCUCGAAGAGAUUUGAGCAUGUACUGCAACGACUUGACUCUGAUGCUGCUGAAACAUCGUCCGAAGGCCAAGAAGGGUCUUGCCAAAUCCAAGAGUGCUGUACAACUGCCACCCCUGGAGUCUGGUGCCCAAGUGCUAUCAGGUGCCGUGACUGCCGUGACUCGCACGACUCGGAUGACUCGGAUGACUCAAACUCCGCUGCGCAGGGGUCGUAUUGAAAGUCGUGGAGCAGCUCACAAGUCCUUGCAGCCUUCUGCUGAGUUGAAGGACAUCUUAAAGCGGCACUCGGCGGACUACGAGCCGCCUGAUGAGGAAGAGCUGGAGGCGUUUCAGCAAGUACAGAUUGAUGCAAGGAUGAAUGUGGUGGAGAAAGCUUUGGAGGUGAUUACGGCACUGCGCCAUCUGGGAUGGUCGGCACGACUGCGGCCGAUGCAAAUCGCGGCCGCAGAGUCUGAGGAGGCGAUGCGAAUAGGCGAACUGGAGAGUCACUACCUCAGAGAUCAGGGAUCUGCGGCAACAGGCCCCGUGUGGACCUUUGGAGCCAGAAGUCGAGUUCCAAUCUACGGUAGAUUGCAGUUUUCCAGCUACAAGAAGGUCGAGUUGGCACUGGUGGCGCUAUGUGCUUCGUCGUCUGUGAAUUUGUCGUAUCCUUACCUCAUGGGUCGUUUGGUGGAUAUGUUUGGAGAAGGUCAAGGUGGUUUGCAAUUCAUCAUGGAGCAUACAUGGCUCUGCGGUUUGGUGGUCCUCGCUGGUGGAGCUGCCACUUUCUGUCGACUGUACCUGAUAGAGACAGCCAUCGAGCGGAUCGCCUUCCGCUUGAGACGAGAAUUCUUCUCCGCGCUGAUUUGCAGGCCCAUUGCCUUCUUUGACAACAACAAAACUGGAGAGUUAGUAAAUCGGCUUGGGAAUGAUAUCACUAUGACAAGCAGGGUGCUUAUAGAUGCAUCUGCCGGCAUUCGAAGUUCCAUCACGGCUCUGGUCGGCACCUGUAUGAUCUUCCAACUGGCACCAAAAGAGAUGAUUUUGGGUUUGCUGUCACCAGUUGCUGCCCUUUUUGUGGUUGGAGUUGGUUACGGCCGUUUGGUGCGUCGGAUUGCCGAGAGGCGGCAACAAAGACUUGCGGAGGCUGUUCAAAGGGCUGAGGAGAGAUUAAGCGGCAUUCGGACAGUUCGAACUUUUAAUGCAGAAAGCCGAGAGCUGAAAGGUUUCGAAGAAAUGCUUGAUGCUGUUUACCAAGCAGGCUGGCAGAAUGCCUUAGCGUCAGCAGGACUGUCCUGCUUUUUCGUGACAGGAGGCGGUUUGUUCCUCCUUCAUAUAAUCUACAACUGUGGUGUGAUGGUAUCAAGUGGCGUGGUCAGCGUGGGAACCACGGUGAGUCUGGCCAUGUAUUGUUUCAUGGCUGGAUCUUCUUAUACUGGCAUGAUGACAUCCUAUGGAGACAUUCAGAAAUGCUUGGGGUCGUGCCAGAAGGUGCUGGAAAUCUUGGGCACUCAAGGUGAAGUCAGGGCAGAAGUCAGUGGCGCAGUAGCUGCUGCAGUUGCUGCACCAGCCAGACCUUUGGCUGUGAAGUUUGAGGAUGUGAGUUUUGUCUAUCCAGCCAGACCCACAGCGCAUGUCCUUCAGGGUUUGACUUUGGACAUUCCAUCCGGAUCCAGGGUGGCCGUGCUCGGAAGGAGUGGCUCAGGCAAGUCGACCAUUGCUCUGUUGCUGGCAGGCUUGUACGAGCCAAUUUCUGGAAGGAUUCUGGUGGAUGGACAGGAUAUGUUUUCAGAUACACAGACCACUGCCUGGGUACGAUCUCAACUGGGAGUCAUUAGUCAAGAGCCAACCCUUUUUGCCAUGAGCAUCCAGCAGAAUGUGGAGUAUGGUUUGAACAGCUCCAUACCAAGUCAGGAUGUGUCCGAAGAGAAUCAGCGUGCAGUGAAAGAGGCGGCAGCUGCUGCCCAUGUCAAUGAAUUCGCUGAUUUCCUUCCCCUUGGGAUGGAUACCCUCGCUGGCGAGAGGGGUCAGGCAUUAAGCGGUGGCCAGAAGCAACGUGUUUGCAUCGCGCGCGCCUUGGCGCGGAAGCCGCGGAUGCUGAUCUUCGAUGAGGCAACGUCCGCUUUGGAUUUAAGAUCUGAGCGAGCUGUCCAUCAAGCGCUUCAGGGAGUUCUGUCUUCUGGGGACUGCACAUGCUUGGUCAUUACCCACAGGAUGAGCUCACUCCAGUGGUGUGAUCGUGUGGCAGUGGUGCAUGAGGGUCAGAUCGUGCAAUACGGUCAGAAAGAUGAGGUUCUGGAAAACCCAUGCGCCGCAUUGCGGAGCAUUUUGCGCAAUGAUGACCCGCUAGAAGCUGAUGCCAUUCGUGGUCCUACAAUGUUGCCAUCCGAUUUGGAUGGAGAAGAGCAGCUCAGAUUCUUGUUGGAGGCCACUGGAUCGUCAGAUGCCGAAAGUUGGACCCAGGAUGAAGAUGAUGUUGCAGCCAUUUCAGCUGAGUUGCCGUUGCCCACGACCAUGGCGUGCCCCUUGAAAGUGGCGGUGCGCAUUCGUCCGCCACAGCCGCAUGAUGGCCGAGUUGGCAAUGUGAAAUCCGUGCAAGUCAUUGAUGGUGUGACCUUGGAAGCUAUGGAUGGCUCUGACUCCAAGCAAUUUGUCUAUGACCGAGUUUUUGGACCAGAAGCCACUCAGCAGGAGGUCUACAGUGCUUGUGCCGCAGAAAUGGUGGAUGCUGUCAUUGAGGGCACCAAUGCCUGCAUUUUUGCCUUUGGCUCCACAGGUGCUGGAAAGACACAUUCUAUGCUUGGCCCAGAGGGUGGUCGACGGCAAGCGAAACAGGAUGGCAUCCUUCCGCGUGCCGCGGGGGAGCUCUUCAGGCGCAUCGCCCGUUUGGAAGCCGAAACCAAAGCGGCAAUUGGUGCUGGUGGCUUCUCGGCCUACGAAGUUCGCGUCUCUUUCUUGGAGGUUUAUUGCGAGAACGCCUUUGACCUUUUAAGCGGGCCUGUCUCGGCGUCCCGUGAGCCCUCAGGGGCAUGCGCGCUGCGAGAAGCUGCGGAUGGGAGAGUGUAUGCUGAUGGAGCAAAGGAGGAGAGGAUCAAAUCCUGUGAACAUCUUCUAGAAGUGGUGGCUGCUGGUGCCAGGGCAAGAGCUACUGCAGCCACUGGUGUCCAUGCCCAUUCCAGUCGAUCCCAUGCCUUACUGGUGGUCAGUGUGGAACACCGCUGGCGUGAUGUGGGUGAAACAGAUGCCUCCAAGUUUCAUACUCAAAUCGCCCGACUGACUCUGGUGGACCUAGCAGGGGCCGAAUCGAUGGAACGCUCACAUGGUGGGUCAGUGGAUGCAGCGGGGGUCGGUACCAACAUGGGUUUGUUGGUGCUGGGCCGUGUGAUAAGGGCCUUGGCCGAAGGAUCCGAAAGGGUUCCAUACCGCGACAGUUCGCUGACGCGACUGAUGCAAAGCUCCUUAGGGGGCAAGGCCAAGACACAGAUGCUGGCGUGUGUGAGCCCGGUUCAAACCGAGUCUGAUGUGACUCUGCACACCCUGAAGUAUGCAUUGAGCGCUAGAAAUGUACUGCUGAAACCAGAAGCAGCAUCAGUUGCAACAGCAUUUGACUCGGAUCCAAUGGUCACAGACGUUGAGGAUGAUGAUCAAGCACUGAACCGUCGGUGCAUUUGGAUUGAAACGGCAGACUUCGGUGAUGUCUUUGCCCGGUGUGUAGGGGAUCCGAAGGACCCCUUGAUCCUCUACAUCCACGGUUCUGGCCCCUGCAACAGUUCCAUGUUCUGGAACAAGUUGGUCAUGGAUGUGGCCAUGCUGGCCAGCGCAGGUUCUGGGGAUCUGCCAAAGAGCUUCUAUCAGGUGGCCAUCGAUUGUCCAGGCUAUGCUCGUUCCCCUGGAGAUAAACAAAGCAUUCGUUCCUAUCCCGGUGCCUUGAUCUCCAACAUCGUUCGAGCACUUGGAAGGAAGACCGUGGCAUGUUUGGUGGGAUCAAGUCAAGGAGCAUGUGCCACUUUGAACUGCGCCUUAGAAUGUCCAAAGCUCAUGCACACCCUUGCAGUGGUCCACCCGGUUGGACAUGCUCCGCAUCGAUAUACAGCCAUUGCCCAGCCGAGUCUGUUGAUUUUCGACACUGAAGAUGCUGGGCACCCUGUCUCGGUUGGCCGGCAGAUGAGACGACACUUGCCGAAUCCCAGGUAUUUUGAGUUCACCAGAUCUGUCGAUGGUGACUGGGAAGUGCAUCACACAGGUGAAGAAAUGAUUGCCAUGAUGCUUGAGACUUAUCCAGGCUGGAAGAACAAAAGACUUGGAGGUCGUAGGGAUAAGGACCUCCCCGACCUGACCCGGGUGGCUGGCGGCUUCAAUGGAUGGAACGACAAACAUGGCGAAGAGUUUGAUGCCUGGGGUGGCUACGACGAAGCCGAUGCUCCUGAUCUUCCUACCGCAGUGAAUGAGAACUGUUGGCGCGCCAAACUGGACAAGUCAACCAACACCAUCGUCUACGAAAAUGUGGUGACUGGACGAAUUGCUCGUGUACGCCCUCCUGGAGCUCAGGUCUUGGUGGAACGUCUGGGGCACAAGGGCGGUACUGCUACUCCGGAGCCCACUGAGAAGUCGGGCGAUGGAGCCGGCGAAGCCGAAGCUGCUGGAGCUCCAAAGCUGGAGCCCAAAGCGGGAAAGCCGUUGAUUCCGUUGUUUGAAGGUAUGGACGAAGAUGAUGACGAAGAUGAUGAAGAGCGGCAAGCCAGAGAAGCUAAAGAAGCAACAGCCCUCCUCGAACAGGAAGCAGCACAGAAGGACUGCGAUUUUUGCCGGAAGGCCCUAAUUCAGCCAAUUCGCCUCACGAAAUGUCGCUGUGCCCUUUGUGCCUGUUGCGUGGAAGUGACCGUUCGCUACAUGCGCGAGUGUCCAGUGUGUGAUACACCUGUGGAUGUGAAAGGUGGUAAAGUUGUCUCAGAUGCCUCUCCAGAGCUACUUGCACAAGUGGAAGAGCGGGUGAAAUCAUCUGACAGUGGCACGGAGGGCCAAGUGGCUUUGCUGCAACAGUUGGUGGAUCUUCGCCAAGAAUCGCAACGACUGGUUCUUCAGUACGGAAACACCUCCAGUGGGAGCGGAAGUAAGAGGUCUUACACCACAUUCUUCAAGGUGAUUUCCGCAGAGGGUGGGGUGCCAGAAAAAGGAAGCGUCCUUAAGGUUGACUUCAACAUCAAUCCAGGCUAUUCCAAGCCGACAGCCACGGUGAAGGAAGCCAACAACAAGUCCCUGGGAUAUGCAUUCGAAUAUGCCAUGGCCAGGGCAUAUCCAUGUCAUAUGACAGUUCACUUCAAGCCUGAACUUGGUUUGCCCAAACUGGUCAUUGAGCACUACGUCAGGGAUGAACCCAAGACGAGCCGCCGCAUACUCCUGCAGUUGCCGCACCCCCGGCUGCCACCAGCCGGAGCACCACGGAUAACAGAGAAGGAAGUCGCUUUCGACGCAGUCUCACUUGGUGGUGCAAGGUUCUUCGGGCCCCAAGACGCACUGGAAAGAUCCACCGGAGAACGCAUGGCUGGCAUUUCAAGCGGGCAAGAGUGUGCUUACCACAGCACCACAGAACUUCCUGGCGACUUUGACUGGCUUGACGCCGCUUCCAGCGGCUCGGUCCGGUAUAUCAGUGGACCGGCAGAUGCUGUUGGGCGCUCCAGCAGCAAAAGGUCCAGCGCCAGCACACGCUCCAGAAGCAGAGGGUGAAUGGAUGGGUUUUUGACCCACUCCAUUUGGAAAAACUGUGUGCAUUCCAGAAAUAUGGGACAUACUUUGUACCAUUGGAGGGAGCAAAGAAUUGUGUAGGAACCUGUCCAUUCCAAGCUGUGCCCAUAUUUCUGCGGGGGAUUCCUAGGUCCUAUCGCAUGGAAUGUCCACCCAGCUCUUCAGGGUUGUCUUGCCAAGCAAUGACGAUCCUGACCAAGAAUGUUCUGGCUGGUUCGGCCCGUGCAUAUCGCGCAUGUGUACAGCUCGCGAAUUGAAGAAAAAAA